GUGGGCCUGCUGGGCACGGCGAGGGAAGCUUCAGCGCGACCUCGACCAGAUGGCGUCGCGCGCCGACACCGGCUCGCAGGAGGCCUGCACUCCAUCCUGCAAGCCAGCCCGUAUCUCACGGCCCAUGCGUUCUUCUUUUCGUCUCCGCUGCUCCCGUUCCUUCCUUCAGAGACCGUUCUCGCUCUCCUGCGCAACACCGACUACUGCAUCUACGGCUUCUCCACGCAAUCCGCCCGCCAUACAAACGAUAAACAAUGUUCCUGCUCUGCAAACCGUGUGCUUGAUCCCAUACGUGCAGUCGGAGACGGCCAACGACUCGUACGGGGGGAGGCGGCGUUCAACCGGCUGAGCAUGGGCGAGCGCAGCAAGUUCAAGGAGGAGACGCUCGUCAAUGUCGGCGAC